AUGAAUAAAUUUACUGUUUAACAGACGUGCUCCGCACUCGGGGGCCGACGUGUUGCGGCGCUGCUCGUGUGUGGUGGGGGCACUGCCGCUGCUGCCGUCGUAUCUGCAGCUACCCGCGCCGGCGUUCCGGUACUGCGCGCUUCACCCUCGCAUCUGCAUCUCUCUUACACAAUUGCAAACGACCUGCUUCCUUUUGAGAUCCGACUAGAGAUUACUGCUAGAGAAACACUACAUGCACUGAGAAGACUCGCUGAAGUUUCUAGACUAACUCGUGGUGUCGUUGUCUUGAUUUGUGAUAUACAAUAUGCAAAAUUGGUUAUGAAGGAAGCAAGCCGUCUCAACAUGCUUGACGGUCAUUUCUUUUGGUUAUGGAUAGAUGCUUCAAUAGAGCUUGAUGUCUUCCACACUGUCAUCAACAAAACACAAUAUGUAGACGAUGGUUAUGAUGAUUUAGAAAACUUCAUCGAUGAUCGUGAAAAGAUGGCACAGGAUCAUGUUGAACGUCGUAAACGAGACGAUGCAGACAAUAAUUCAGCUGACGAUAUACGAAGUCGUAACAAUUCAACAUUGCUUGAUAUAAACUCUCAAGAAGAAUCAAGCAAACGCGUCGAAAGUAGCAUAAAUAAUAUUCGGUUUAAUUCGGUUUUUCGUCGUGUUAGUAGAAAUAUAAAUAAGUCGGAAGCGCACAGUGUUAAUAACAAAUUAUUAAGUAAUAAUUUUAGUCAAAAAUUUGAUAGUAGUCGCAAUACUAGUCCAGAAAUUGUAAGAAAUUUUGUAUAUAAUAAAGGCGUUGAAACUUCUAAAGUCGAAAAAAAAUCAAUUGAGAAAAGGAAAAUGUCUUUCCUAUCUAGUUAUAGUAAUAGAUACAGUAGUGAUAAAAUGAAUAAUGAAUCUUUUGAUAAAUAUGUAAAUAGUAUAAACAUUGAAAACACUGACAGUACAGAGAGUUCUCAAAUGAAAAGAGAAUUCAUGUAUAGUAGCGAAAAUAGUAAAACAAUUAAAGAUAGUAUAUUAUUUUCAAGUGAUAUUAGUGAUUUCCUAAUGAAUCCCACGGUGCAUAUGUCCAAAGUGCAUAGUGUUAGACAAACAAAAACAGAUUAUGAAGAUUAUAAUGACGAAGCAAUGGAUGAAGGAAGUGAUGAAAAUAAUAUAACUGUAAUUAUGGAUAAGCUGCCAGUGGGGCUAUUGGCGUUGCAUCCUCAACCAAUGAAAAUCGACCGCGCAUUCAUACGGGCGGCAGUGCGGCUAACAGUUGGUGCACUUAGAAGAGUGUUACGAGCAUGUGAUGCAUGGUCAGCACAAGCACAAUUUCUCAGCGAUGCUACAGCAUCAUGCUGGGAUGAACCUAGUGACGCAGCUGCUGAUUUUUCGUCAGAGUUUGUAAGGCGUUACUCGAAAACUAAUAAACCAUACUUUAUCGAUAGCUAA